AUGAGCACUAAUAUAUGGUACACGCUGCCCUUUGAGCUUCAGCAGGACAUACUCUGCCGACUGGGACGAGAUGACCUCAAGAGCGUGCGCCAGAUCAAUAGAUAUUCCAACGGCAUAGCAACACCCGUUCUCUACAACACUGUGCAUAUUAGCCCUAAUACACAGAGCUUUGGCCGUGCUCUGAGAAUAGCUCGGAGAAAACGCUUUGCAGCUCAUGUGCGCCAUAUCGUCUACCACGUUGGGCUCAUCGAAUCCGAUUACACAAGGGAGGAGUUCUUCAACGAAGUCACAACAAAGGCAUUUGUGGCAUCUCAUCUGUCAUCUCAAAAUCUUGAUCAGGAAAGUCUUACUACGGAGAAGAUGUAUCAAUGCUAUCUGGAGGAGACCGCUGCCCAAGAAGCUUUUUACGACCUUGAUGAAUUUCAGGAAUUGUUUCGCCUGACGCGCAGAUUCACCCGUCUGACGUCGAUAGCAACGAUACGGGAUGAAUAUGAUCCUUUCUCUCCUCCUCAAGGCUACAUUGAAAGCCGAACGGGGCUCCCGGCGGCUGGCUUCCAUAAAGGAUGUGCGUUUGUCUCCCUCUUUGAAGCGACCGCCCAGUCGCACCUUACAACCGUACAUGGGGAUGACCUGCCAUGGGGAACGUUUCUCAGGUUGAAUGCUCUGCCAAGCACACCAUUGAGACUCGAACGGCUACGAGCGUUGCACCUUGGACUUUACAAGUCGAGCUUACAUCCUGACCCUUACCACGAUCCUAUGGUCGUGUUGCCGGCAUUGCGUCGUUUCCUUAGACUAUGUGGAAAUCUCGGGAUGCUCUCUCUUGAUUUCGACGAGCUUCCUGUGGACCGUACAUACCAGUUUCUCGAGUGCAUAUCCAGGGAGGCUCUCUACAAAUGUCACUUUCCCCGACUGUCGUGCCUCAAACUGCGGGGACUCAUGACGUUGGAGGAGCCAUUCAUCCGCUUCCUGCAAUCGCAUAGCAAUACGCUGCGAGCCCUUGAACUUGCCGACUUGAUGAUAGUGCGAAGCCGCUCUAUGGAUGAUGAUGACUUUGUACCUGUCGUGUCAACCCUUGACCUCAACGACGACCACACUUGGCAACAAGCUUCAAUAGUGUCAGCGUUCCAAAAGAUUCAUAACUUCUGCAAGUUGGAUAGGGUUCAACUCGGAGGAAACUUCACAAACACGUACGACGAGGCUUGGUAUGUUACUAAAAUUGUGCAGGAAGGCAUUGUAUCACGAAUACAACACUUCCUGUGUCGUCAGGGUCCAUCGCCUUUCCCGCCAUUGGCCCGCUAUCUGCGCAUGCAGGAGAUUUCUGUUGCAAAGUCCAGAGUCGCAUUGCAAGAGGAUGAUUCGUUAGAGCUUGAGCCGGCGGCGAAGCAGUUCUGUGAUAAGACCUGGGAGUGGUGUCCCGAACUUCUGGACGAGUGGUCUCCUGUGCUACUGCACCUAGAAUGA